AUGGCCACAGAUCAACCAAAGCCAGGAGACUUCGUAAGCCCGCUCAGUAACGAAGAUGAAACCCGUUUGACCAAGAAAAGGAACUUUCCAGACAACGAUUCGGCCAGCAUUGAUGGACCAGAUGCCUCUACGGCUUGUUUUAAGCGUGCUCGAGUAGGCUCUGCCUCUGCUGAUAGCCUCACUGGGAACCCUUUGAGUUUCACAAGGAAGUGUGUACCAGUCAAGAAGGCAGAGGAGAAAACGAGGGUGGAUAAGACUGAUCAUUCGGAUAUCAAGCCUGAUAAUGACAUGACCACUGGCCCCAUUCCGGACAUGAACCAAGCUACAACCACAUUUAGCCAGGGAUAUGAGGCUGGGUUCCAAGCCGCCUACCAAGCAGGAUUUCAAAGCAUGUUUCAAUUAGGUUACGAUCGCAAGGCGCGUAUCAAGCAGCCCAUCAAAUACGACGAGGAGUCUCUGGGCUACCAACUCGUCGAGGAAGAGCCACAGAUGGAAGAGAAGCCGCCCAGGCGUCGCCAUCUUCUAAAUCUCAAGAUCCCCAAGGGCAAGAAUAUUAGCGAACCGUCAUUGGCUAUCCAACGCCUGAACAACUACGUGGAGUUGAGCUUUAAAUCAAAAUGCAGAUACUCAAGUAGAUACUCAGUUCCUCCAGUAUACCCUAUAAUCUACUCUCUGCUACUCUCUGCUACUCUCUGCUACUAUCGCUACUCUCUGCUACUAUCGCUACUCUCUGCUACUAUCGCUACUAUGGCUACUCUCUGCUACUAUGGCUACUAUGGCUAUAUUACUCUAUUUUCUGCUGUGUAUUUUCUUCUCAAUCCUUGUCGAUCUCCAAUUGAUGAUGAAUGCUAG